GUUGGGUCUUAGACGAAUCGAACGCUGACGUGUUACAAGAAUUUUACCCGUCGCAAUUUUGUCCGAUGCGGUAACGUAAACGUAGCGGAGGUGCGUUUGAAGACAAAGUGUUAAUAGGGACACUGCUAAAUAUAUUUUAGAAGUUAUCAUUUAUUUGCUUAGCUUGCAUUAGUAUUAUGGACGAUUUUUUAGAAAGGAAGAUGUCUCACCUUCAAGAAGAUGACUCAGCAUCAACCGAUGGAAGGGCGUCUUGACCAAGGACGUGAUUGGAUGUGGUUGGGGACGUGCCAGGAGCGACGGGAGCGAUUGUUUAGAGCGUGUUGAGAGGCUGUAAACUGAACGCCCUAUACGCCCUCCUCAUGAGAAGGAGAAACCAGCGUCUUCAUUCCUUUUGUGCAUUUUUUAUUGGUGUUGGGUGAGAUAAAUCCAACAGACACGGUGGAAGCGACCGGAAGUAUCUCUCUGAGCGCUAAUGGCGCCUAAAGGCAAAGUUGGUACUAAGGGAAAGAAGCAGAUUCUCGAGGAGAAUGAGGCAACCCUCAAAUUCUAUACAAGAGUCAUUCUGGGAGCUAAUGCCAUAUAUGCUGCUGUAAAUCUUUUGAUCUUCUACAAUUCAUCUAGUUUUGGGACAUGGCUGUUAUUAGUGUUUGCGCUUGCUGUGUAUGGUGGGAGUUACCGCUCCAUGUCCACGAUGGCCAAACCAGUGUUCGCUGACGAUGGAAGUCUCCUUGACGGAGGAAUAGACUUAAACAUGGAGCAGGGAAUGGCAGAGCACCUGAAGGACGUCAUCCUGCUCACAGUGUUCGUCCAAGUGCUAAGCUGCAUCUCUUCAUAUUUUUGGUAUCUCUGGCUGCUGGCGCCGGCUCGUGCUGCUCACCUGCUGUGGGUGAACAUUCUGGGCCUCUGGUUUUCCGCAGAGAGCCCGUCAGCACCGGAGGAAGUGAACGAGAAGAAGCAGAGAAGACAAGAGCGUCGACAGAUGAAGAGAUUUUGAUGCUGCUGAGCAAACAAAGUAGUAGUUUUUUAUUAUUAUAUACACACGAUCAAUUGUAAUCCUAAAUUAUUACAUAGAACAAAUAUUGUUGUUUACUUAAACCCAAAUCUGAUCAUGUCCACUAUUUCCAAGUUUGUUUUCUUCCUGCAUGAAAUCCAGUUUACUUCCUCAAUGACACUUGCCUUGACCUCAUGUAAAGUUGUCUUUGUUAGCACCGCACACUUUCAUUAAGUGCUGCACUUAACAUCCAGCCCAUAUUGACGAAAAUGAACUCAGUCAUAUUACACUGCAGGGAUGUUUUUUAAUUAAAAAUGAGACAAUAUUGAA